UGAAAUGGAAGAUUACUUCAUUUUAUCCCCCAAAAACAGGAAGUAAAUUACCACAAGUUAAAAAAAAAUAGAUUUGGGUGGGUUUUUGUGAGGAAGUUUUUUUUUUCUGUAUAUUGUGAAACUUCUUUUUCAGAACUGCUAAUACACAGCAGCCACACACACACAGCAAAAUGCCUGAAGCUGAGGUAGUAUACUCCGAUGUGAAGUUUGCAAGAGGAAAAAAGGGAGCCAGUGAGGCCGUUACCCCAUCGACUGACUCGACUUACUCUGAAAUCAAGAUCUCAAAGACUCAGCCAUCCACAGCACAGCUGUCUGAGGGUCCUCAACCAGCUGUGGUGAGCAAAGAGUCAAAGGUCACCUCAGAGAGAUUGGUCCUGGUGGUUCUCAGUGUUCUCCUGGCAGCUGCUCUCAUUGCUCUGUGUUUUACCACAAUUAAAAUAAUUACAACUAACAAACAGCUUGAAAAUCUAGAACGUCACAAAAUGAAGUGCAAAAGUAAUUUCACAGAGACUCUCUCUAAGAUACAACCAUGCAGCACGGUGCAGCCGACCUGUCCAGGACCUAAAGUAAUAAAUGAUCCUUGUUAUAAGUGUGAAGAAGGCUGGGAGCAACAUGGAGGAAAGUGCUAUUACUUCUCCAACAGUAAUUCAUCCUGGAAACAGAGCAGAGAUGAAUGUAGAGCUAAAGGAGGAGACCUGGUUAAGAUAGAGAGCAGAGAGGAGCAGACUUUCCUGGAGAGAAAACUGAGAGAUGUAAUGACUGAAGCUGAGGACAAGUUCUGGAUCGGACUGACAGACUCAGCAGCAGAGGACAGAUGGGUGUGGGUAGACGGAUCACCACUGAAUCAAAGUUUGAAGUUUUGGAGUGGAAAAGAGCCAGACAAUUGGAAAGGGCGCAAUGGUGAAUAUCAUGAUGGAGAGGACUGUGCGAGGAUGGGAGAACAAGGUGGAGCUGAUGAUCUGAAGUGUUGGUUUGAUGCAUUUUGCUCAAAUCCUAACAGAAGUAUUUGUGAGAAAGCAGAAGUAAAAGGACAGUUUAAAAAAGUAUGUGACUGAAAUUCACGUAUGAAACUCCAGAAUUGUCAUGGUCCUGGGUCUUUGAGUUUAUUGUUAUUAUUUUCCAGUUUUUGCUGUUUUGUAUUUGUUCUUAGGGUUUUUUUUUUAUUUCAACAUGUGAACAAUAUACAGGUACAUUUAGAAAAGAAAAUAAGAGAGAGAAAAAAAAUAUAUAUAUACACUAUACAAAAUACAUACAAAAAACCCCCAAAACAUUUAAGUUGUGUGUUUAGUGUUUCUAUCAUCCCUACCUGUGUCUUUCCUCUGUGUCCUGUUCGUGUCCCUGAGUUGGUAUUGUGAAACAGUCUGUGAGUUUCCUGUUUUACUUUGUAGGUUUGUGUCUCGUUAUGCCCAUUAGUUCCAGCUGUGUCCCCUCCUGUCUGCCAUUUCCUAAUUACCUGGUGUGUGUAUUUAUACUGCGUGUCUGCCUGUGCUCCUCGUCGUGUCGUCUGUGUUUCUCUGUGAAUCUUCUGUGUACUUAGCGUUAUUCCGUGUUUGACCGUGUCUCUCUGCUCCUCGCCCCGUGUCCUCCUUUUGUGUUAGUCUUCCCAGUUUAGGUUUAUGUUCGGUUCUGCCCACACCUUGGUUAUUGUUCACUGUAAAUAAAACUCACUUGCACCUCCGCCACUGUCUGCUAUUUGGAUCCUUCUUCUCACCUCCAAGAAUGGAGUGAUGCAAUUUUUAAAAAUAAUGCCACAAACAGAAACAAAAUGAAAACAGUAAAAUAAACACGAGUAAUAUUUUGUAUCUGAUACUUUUCAGUUUUGAUGUGAUUAACAUGUAAAAGAAAUGUGGGAGCACCUGUGAAAUUCAUUAAACUUUUUUUAAAUAAUAAAUUAUCC